AUGGAUGCGGUCAGGUGUUUUGUCGGCAGGAACCAGAACUCGUGGGACAAGCUGCUUCCUCAGAUAGCUGGGGCAUUGAGGGCCAGUGUGAACCGCCAUACGGGUUUUACGCCAAAUAUGCUGAUGCUUGGAAGGGAGGUUUAUAUGCCAGCCGACCUGGUUUUUCCCACUAUAGAGAAGGAACAGGAGGAAGCCGACUAUACAGACUAUGUAGGACAGUUAGAACAAGGCAUAAAGACAGCCCAUGAGACUGCCCGCAAGAUUUUGAAAAGUAAUGUAGAGGUCAUGAAACGGAAUUAUGAUGUAAAGCUUUACAUGAGGCAGUAUGAUGUUGGAGAUGUGGUAUAUAUAUUGAAUGCGGCUACAGUCAAGGGACAGAGCAGAAAGCUUGGCCCUCCAUGGAAAGGACCUGCAGUGGUAGAGAGAAGAAUAUCUCCCUAUCUUUAUAAAGUCCGUUUGCAAAAAGGCUCCAUGACCACCAGUCACGACCGGAUGAAGCCGUGCAAGAUCGCUAUGAGGCCCGCGUGGAUCAAGAAGAUUCAAAGAGAGUUAAAAGCUGAGCUCUCGUCCCAAAUGGAUCUAGAAGAAAUGGAGGGCAAGGAGGAAGUAUACUGCAUUUGUAAUGGACCAGAUUCGGGUCAGUUUAUGGUCCAGUGUGAUAUUUGUGAUGAGUGGUUUCAUGGAGAAUGCGUUAACAUCACAGAAGAAGAGCUGGGUGACACUGAUGACUACAUCUGUCCAAACUGCGACUGGGCCAAGAGCAACUAG